AUGAAUGGCAGACAGAGAUCUGGCGCCGCCGCGGUGCACCACCAGAGACAGCUCUCCGAUAACCUCCUCGACAUGUCUUCCUCCAAUGGCGGCAGAUGGCUCCAAUCCAAUGGUCUUCAGCAUUUCCAGUCAUCCGCCAAUGAUUACGGAUACUAUGCUGGUGGUGGACAAGGCGGCGGCCAAGCAACAAGAGGAUACCAAAAUGCUCAGAGAGGGUUUAAUGGAGGAAACGACUUCUUUGGGGAACCUACUACUCCUCAAUACGGUGCUCGUCCUUCGAAUCAGAGAAAGAACACUGAUGAGUCUGAGUUUAGCCCCGGGCUCUUAGAUCUGCAUUCUUUUGAUACUGAGCUUCUUCCUGAGAUUCCUGUCUCUAGCCAAUUAGAUGGCCCCUCAAUGUUCAAUCCUAGUCAAGGCCAAAGCUUUGAUGACUUUGAAGCUUACAACAAGCAGCCUAACCGUGGUCGCGUGUUGGCUGAAAACUUGGCUGCUGAGAAGGAAAGGAUGAACGCUGUUGCAAAGAUCAAAGUUGUUGUGCGUAAGAGACCUCUUAACAAAAAGGAGUCAACAAAAAAUGAGGAAGACAUUGUUGACACCCACGCCAAUUGCUUAACAGUUCAUGAAACUAAACUUAAGGUUGACUUAACAGCCUAUGUGGAAAAGCAUGAAUUUGUGUUUGAUGCUGUGCUAGAUGAGGAAGUUUCAAACGAUGAGGUUUAUCGUGAGACAGUAGAGCCUGUUGUCCCCUUAAUUUUUCAGCGCAUCAAGGCCACUUGCUUUGCGUAUGGGCAGACAGGUAGUGGUAAAACCUAUACUAUGAAGCCUUUGCCUCUUAAGGCUUCUCGGGAUAUCCUGAGGUUGAUGCACCACACAUACAGAAACCAAGGGUUUCAGUUGUUUGUCAGCUUCUUUGAGAUUUAUGGAGGAAAACUAUAUGAUCUACUCAGUGAGAGGAAGAAGUUGUGCAUGAGAGAGGAUGGUAAGCAGCAAGUGUGCAUCGUUGGUUUGCAAGAGUACAGAGUAUCUGAUACAGAUGCGAUUAUGGAACUUAUCGAGAGAGGAAGUGCAACAAGAAGUACUGGAACCACGGGUGCAAAUGAAGAAUCCUCUCGCUCACAUGCUAUACUUCAGCUCGCUAUCAAAAAAUCAGCAGAGGGAAAUCAGUCAAAGCCCCCACGUCUCGUUGGCAAGCUUUCUUUCAUCGAUCUUGCUGGAAGUGAGCGUGGUGCAGACACAACAGACAAUGACAAGCAGACAAGAUUGGAAGGAGCAGAGAUCAAUAAGAGCCUACUCGCCUUAAAGGAGUGUAUUAGAGCUCUGGAUAAUGAUCAAGGUCACAUCCCUUUUAGAGGCAGUAAGUUGACUGAAGUUCUCAGGGACUCUUUCAUGGGAAAUUCUCGUACUGUGAUGAUAUCUUGCAUAUCUCCAAGCUCUGGGUCAUGUGAGCACACCCUUAACACCUUAAGAUACGCGGACAGGGUUAAGAGUCUCUCGAAGGGAAACGGCUCUAAGAAAGAUGUAUCUUCGUCAACCAUAAACCUAAGGGAGUCCACAAAAAUUCCUCUGUCUUCCGCAAUUCCAACUCCAUCUAACUAUGAUGACGACGUGAACGAGAUGUGGACUGAAGAAAACGAUGACUUCGACGCAUCGGAUUACGAGCAAGAGAAACAAAUGUGGAAGAAAAACGGGAAGCCAGAGCCUUCUUAUAACGGUCUGGCACAGGAGAGAAUCCCGAAACCUUCUAUUCAGAUGAAGCCAAGAGAGAUGCCAAGGCCCGAUAUGAAGAAAUCAAACUCCGAUGACAAUCUAAAUGCACUUCUACAGGAAGAAGAAGACCUUGUGAAUGCCCACCGUAAACAAGUUGAGGACACCAUGAACAUCGUGAAAGAGGAGAUGAAUUUGCUGGUUGAAGCAGACCAACCCGGAAACCAGCUAGACGGUUACAUAUCAAGACUGAACACAAUUCUCUCUCAGAAGGCUGCAGGUAUACUCCAACUGCAGAACCGUCUUGCUCAUUUCCAGAAACGCCUUAGGGACCACAAUGUAUUGGUAUCUUCCUCUGGUUACUGA